CUGCCAUGUCCAAGGACAUCGGCGCCUCUCUGCUCAGCAUGUCCGCGAACGCAUUUGACUGGCGACAUUGCCCCGAUGCAGCGCAAUGCCUCUUUUCCGGCUGACCGGCUCAGCCAGGCCCCGCACCCACAACAACCAUUUGUGUUUCGCUUUAUUGUCAUUGACUCGGUACUGGGCAACACUGCGUAGUUGUCAUUUUGCAGCCCUUCCUUGCCGAACCCCUUCCAAGAGGCGAAUACGAUACAGAGCUUUGUAACAAAGAUAAAAGUGGAAGAAGCUACUUGAAGCCGGCAUCAGCUUGUUUCCGGGAAAACAUGGCGGCCGACGGCGAGCGCGCGAGCUCGAAGAAGGGCAAAAAACAGGAGGCUGGAGGCGAUGUAUCGGCGAAAAAGCGUAAACGGGAUGCGGAGCCCGCGGGCGACCAGCCUACCGCUGCGCCGGCCCCCGUGCAGGGCGGCGACGCGCCGGCUGAGGGGGGCGAAGGGCAGCGCAAGAAGAAAAACCGGGGCCACAAACGGCGGAAGACGGAGCCGGAGAACCUUGACCCUGCGGAGGCCGCCCGGAGGGCGCGGCAGCGUGAGCUGCGGGAGCUGGCUAUGAAGCUGCGGGACCAGGGCAAGACCUAUGUGCCACCGCGCAAGGGCGGGGCCAAGACCGCCCGCGCGGAGGGCGGCGCGCCCGCCGCCGCAGGUGGCGGCGGCGACAAGGCAGGCGGCGGCGGCAAGGCAGGCGGCGCUGGUGGCUCUGGCGGCGGUGCUGCUAGCGGCGGCGGCAAGGACGCGGCGGCUGGCGGCGACCGCAAGGCUCGGCACUACCUGGGGGACAAGACGCCGGGCUGGAGGCCCUUUGAUGCGGUGGAGGUGAUUGUGCUGCCCAUUUAUUGGAACAACGACAAGGAGGAGAAGGCGGCGGUGAUUGCGGCGUCGGAGCGCGCCCGCGACAUCCUGGCCAGCGCGGGCCUGGCGGCGGACAUGGACGGCUCCAAUAAGUACACGCCCGGGCAGAAGAUGAAGUACUGGGAGACCAUGGGCGUGCGUGUGCGUGUGGAGCUGGGUCCGCGGGAUGUGGCCAACGGCAAUGUGGUGGUGGCGCUGUCCACGAAGAAGCCGGGCGAGGUGGCCACCAAGAACAUCGUCAACAUGCGGCACAAAAUGCUGGACGCAGUGCGGGAGGCGCUGGGCAAGGUCAAGAGCGGCGCGUAUGACCACGAGGAGGAGGAGGAGGAGGCGCAGCAGGAGGAGGCGGAGGAGCAGCCGGAGGCCUCGGAGGAGGCAACGGAGGAGGAGGCGCCGGCGGCAAAGAAGGGCAAGAAAGAGGGCAAGAAGGAGAGCAAGAAGGAGGGCAAGAAGAGCAAGCAGGCGGCGAGUGAGGAGGACGAAGAGGAGGAGCAGGCCGCCGAGGGCGGCGACGACGAGAAGGAGGAGGCGAAGCCGGAGAAGGGCGCGGUGGGCGCGAGUGCUGAUGCUCUGGAGGACGAUUUUGGCGAGCUGGCUGCAGUCAUUGAGCCGGAGGAGGAUAAGCUAGUGCUCAGCAAGAAGGAGCGACUUAAGAAGAUGGAUAAGGCAAGGAAGGAUCAGCGCAAGGCGGAGCGGCGGGCGGAGCUCGGCGGCAAAGGCGGCGGCGGCUCGGAGGAUGAAAAGGAGGCGGGCGGAGGCGGGGGCUGGGCGGAGGCGGAGAAGGGCGCGGGGAAGCAGAAGGGCAAGAAGGCCAAGGUGGUGAAGUUCUGAGCGGGUCAGGGAGGUUGGGAUGUUGGUGGUUUGCGAGUGAUUCAGUAUGCAUGCAAUGGCGGGGCGGGGUGGCAGUAAGGCACUUCACAGCGGUGUGCAGAGGGGUGGGGAAGGAGGGCAACAUGAUAUGCAGCUUGUGGGUGCGACAAGGGCCGCACGAGUGUGUUUGCUUGACAUGAGAGCCAAGUUCGAGACCCUGGAUAGACACUUCAUGCGCUACAUGCGUUUAACAUGCGCUCGUGCCAUCGUGUGUCGGGCUUUCGGGAGCUUUUGGG